AUGUAUUUUGAAGAAUUUGCAUUCAAUUCCUAUCAAAUUGAUAGUCAUUUUCUUAUUUUACUUGAUAUCAUUAAUUAAUCGAUCGAAUUUGUUUUUCCCCAUCAAAUAAAAUACAAAUAAAUAAAUAAAAACAAUCAAAUACAUUUUUAUGAUUGCUUUUAAAAAUAUUAUUUUUAAUAAAAAUUUUUAAACACAUUAGAUAGAUUUAUUAUUUAAUCAAAUCACACUUUAUUUCAACCUAAUUUUCAAAUUUUUAAAAAGACUUAAAAAACAAAAAAACACGAUUUUCCUCACUCACAUAUUCAAAUUCAUUCAUUUAAAAAUGUUACUUUUAAAUAAAAACAAAAAAUAAAAAGAAAGCAUUAAAAAUUCGCUUAAACUAAGAUAAUUCAAAUAUUUCUUUUGAAAAUUUUUUUGUUUGCUUGCUUGCUAAAUUCCUUUCUUCUACUUUCUUUUUCAAACAUUUUUUACAAUCAAAAAUUAAAAACACAAUUUUAUUUAUUUUCAAAAAUUUAAACCAUGCUUUCAGUCUGUCAGUCAGCCAAUCUUUUUGAUGAACUCGAGAAGAAGGAAGAUCAUUUAACUUUUAAUAAGCUUGUUUGGUUGCAUAACUCUAUUUUAUAGUUUUAAAUAAAUUGA